ACCUCAUCCGCCGUGCGAACCCUUUCUACACUUGUUGCUUCGCUUCUUUCCUUCUCCCAUGCACCUUGUCUUGUGUUACUAGCACCCGUUCUAAUACAUACAACUUCACGCCUCGCCGCCUCUUCCACACCCCCAUUUGACCCUGUGUGCGCCCUUAUCUCCGCUGUCCGUCGCCUUCGACCUCGCCCACUGGAGCAACACCGACACCUGCACCACCCAGCCGCAACCACAACCACGAACCGCGAGUGUCCAGAGGCUGUAAAAGUCUCCCGGUCGCUUCCAACCUCGAUCACACCUUGACCCUCCUUCCCACCUCUUGCGACUCAAAUGCGACAACGAUAAGCCCGCUUUAUUGUCGCAUAAAACCUCUCUGCGCGCUUGAUGGAGGCAGAAGCUUCUACGCAGCCUUUCUGCAUUUGUUAGAGUCUAGCACUGCGCUCAUCAUGCAGAGCAUAUUUCGGCUGCCAUGGGGCGGCGAUCACAACCUCAAGUUGUCAGACAAGGCUCCUCUCGACAAGAUGCGACCUAUGGUAGAAAUACCCAUGCUUCAAGACUUGAAGAGAAAGCGAUCUGCCAGCUCGGAUGCUGCAUCGCCACCGCAAAUGCCGCCAGUCAAGAAACACCAAAAUGAGUCUGUGCGCCAGACUUUCGCAGCUGUAGAUAAACACUCCGCUCAAAUGCCAGCUUCGGUAAACGACACAUCUCUAGCGAGUCCCGCCUGGAACCGUCUGGCACCGCGAGAAACACCUGCUCCAGCUCCUGAAAACCCGUCACCGACAUCGCUGGUACAGCCAAAGGAGGCGCGAGCUCCUUGCAUUCCGAAAGCCAUGCCCACAAAACCUCUUCCGGACCACUCCAUUUCUGUUGCUGCACACGAUGAGACGGCGCGCAUGUCCAGUCUGACCCCGCUCCAGCAAGUCAUUGAGAACGAAUUCAACCUGCAGAUUCUCAUGAAGCAUAACGAGCUUCGCUUGAUUGAGCAGGAGCUUGCAAAGUGUCAAAUCGCUCUCGAGCAGCUGAGGAGAUGCGAGCUUCGUCCGUAUCCAGGCACCAGUGAGCCAUCGUCUGCCGUGACUCAAGGUACUGGCCCCGCCAUCCUGCCUCCGGCUGGCUACUCGACUCCAGCGCACCCGCCACCUCACGGAGUCACCGAUGGUCCAUACUCGCGACAUUACAGGCAGUGGCUGCUACACGAUCCUCUUUUCGACUCAAUUUCACCCGAGGCCAUGGCUUACGCCGAAGCUAACGCUGGUCGUCCGACUCGUGGCCACGUGCGGAAGCCGCUCAACAAGUCGAUCAGCAGUACGAGAGGUUCGGACGUGAACCUCAGCAUACCGAACUAUCCUCCACCAGCACCACCGAAGGACAAAUCUGCACCUCUCGUUCUCAAGCGAUCCACCGACGGUCAACUUGUCAAACUUAUUUGCAACAACUGCUUGCGGGGAAAUUUCAGCAGCAUUCAAGGCUUUUUGAACCACUGUCGCAUUGCUCACAAGGUCGACUAUAAGAGCCACGACGCUGCAGCGCUGGACUGUGGACGACUGCUUGACGAGAACGAGAAAGCAAAUCUGCCGGCCGAGACCCAUGCUGCUCACGCACCGAAGCCAAGCGUCAGCCGCAUCUCCACUUCAGCCGUCUCAACGCCUGUCAAGCUGCAGACUCAUGGGAACCUGACGCAUCCCAUGAACACUCCAGCCGGCUUGCCUGCAGUCGCGCCUCGGCCUGUCCCUCAAAUCCCCGCUGCACCGGUCAACAGACAUGCACCGUCCUCGUUCGGCUCUGGUACUUUCAAGGCUUCUUCCCAGACUCCACGCCUCUCCAACUUCAUGAGUAAGCAUGGCAUGGGUGGCGAUCUCGAGCAAGCUGUGGCCGCUGCGCGUGCGAAGAUCGAGUUCCACGACGAGGAUUUGCUUUCGCCAGACACACCUUCCGAUCCGAACUCACCUGUGACUCCUUUCGGCCCUGCUGGCCGUACUGUUGGUGGUUCAAGUUACUUCCCUCGUCCGCCCAGCCGCAAGGGAUUUCGUCAGCCAUCUCAGCGGCCUCGGCCAUCUCCAUUGGCGCCUGCUCCACCACAUGAGUCGCACAUCGAUAGCCAGAUGUCUUCGCCUCACGAACUCAAUUCUGCCAACUUGAGUCCACAUACCGAUCUUCCCGGUAUGGUUAGCGACCACGAGGAUGAUGACCAUAGCGCUUCUGAAGAGGAAGUCCCACAUGUCGAGGACGUCGCUGCUCGCCCACCUUUGUCCACUGGUUCCAGGACUUGCGAUGCCAUGGAUAUUGACAUCGAGGAGGAAAACGUGGAUGGCAUUGAUCAUGGUGUGUUGAUCCGAAGAAACAGUAUGCUUGCUGGCGAGGCUCACGGCAUCCGAAGUGCCGGCAGCCCGAGCAGGAAAAUUGGAGGAAAGUGAGAUAGCGGGCAUUCUAUCUCUGUCACGUGGCUGCAGCUGCAGCAUCUCUCGACUGAACAGACUGCGAGCGCCUCUGGAAGCGAAUCUUCUUUGACGGCGUGCAUUUGUGAGUGUGUGGCACGAUGGACGGCGUCCAAAAGUGCCAGUUGAUAAGAUAUUGUGUGUGUGUGUGUGGAGACUACAACGAAUGUGUUGCUGAAAGCAGUCAGCAAUUGUAUACGGCCUCGCUCAGUCUUUGAAUAGAUCCUAGAGCCAUGGAAAACAACCAAAUCUACUCUCUACAAG